AGGUCAUAUCCGGCAAGACUUGCUCGGUUGUGAACUUGGUGGCAAACACAGCGGGAAAGGCAGUACAUGUAUCUAUGCCAAGGUUGCAGCAUUUCCCGCCAUUUCAUACGAAUGGCCUCAUAGCAGAGAAUGGAACGACUGGAAAAGUUCCAGAUCAUCUUUAACAAGCCCACAGCCACGUACUUCGCUGGCGAAACUGUCUAUGGAUAUGGCUGGGUGGUAUUGCGGGAACCAAUAUUCGUUCAAACUGUGUGCUUAGAAGCAGUCGGAGAAGCCAAAGUAGAAUGGAUGACAUCAAGUGAUAUUCAAGCUUCUGAUGAAGAAGUCUUCAAUUUUACAACCGUGUUACCUAUCAAAGGUGACAAGGAGUUGGAUGAUGAUGCUCUCAUGCAUGCUGGUUCCCAUUACUUUCCAUUUGAAUUCACCCUACCUCAGAAACUGCCUUCCUCAUUCAAAGGAAAACAUGGCCGACUUCGCUAUUUCUGCAGAAUGACCAUAUGUACCCACGGUGGCCCACACCAUGAGAAAUGUGGGAAAUUCGGGGUCAUAAGUGUACUGGACCUAAAUGCUGAACCUGAUGCUGGGCUGCCAGUAGAAAAUGAUACAUUCGAGACAGUGGGCUCCUGGUGCUGUGUGGCAGGCACAGUCACUGCCACCCUUAAGCUGGACCGAAAGGGAUUUACGCUAAAAGAGGCCAUCCCUGUCUGGGCAGAGAUUAAGAACCUGAGCAGUCGGAGAAUUACGGGCACUCAGGUGUCAUUAAUACAGAACAUCACCUACUACUCGUAUAGAGGGCGCUUCACAGAGACGAUUGUGCUGGUGACGAUCCACAAGGGGAGUAUCUCUCCACGCGGCAAACAGACCUGGCAUGGAGAGUUACUUAGCAUUCCCUCUGUCCCACCCUCUCAUCUCCGCGGCUGCAAAAUCAUAGACUGUCAGUAUAUUCUAGAGCUUUCCAUCAAGCCAUCUGGACUGGCCAGAAAAAUCAAACUUCCGUUAGACAUCCUGAUCGGCACGGUGCAGUUGCAGGACGCACAGAUGCGGCGGGUGUCUUACCACCCACUGCCCUCACCCCCCUCCCCCACAGACUCCUCCACCCCCUUCUUCCCCAUGUUCUACGACACCUCAUCAGACAAAGUGUUCCUGACAGACAGCUCCCUGCUACAGCACAUGCUACCCACAGCCCCACCCUGGGAGGAAGAUGAUGACAUCCCCUGAGGGGUAACAACCUCACUACAGAUGCACACAACAUACUCUGUGGUGGAGGCAAUCUUCCAAGUGGGUCCAGCAAAAAUACCAUAUCAUUACAUAACCAGACUUGCCAAAAUGUUAUUCGUGUUAUGACUUGGGUGCCAGUUAUCUCCCUUACUGGCUGGUGACUGUUUUCGCUCUGCUGCCUCUCGCUUAUGCUUACUACGCUGCAUCAGUGCCAUGGGUGUGCUAACAAGGAAAGAAAUGGACCUUCAGAAUGGGACGAUUUUUUUGUAUUCCUUGGGAUCAUAUGUACAGUGUUAUGAAUGUUGAAUACAUCAGAAGUGCUUUUGACGCCUGCUAGUCAAGACAGCUGUGAAGUUAAAGCUGUUGUUAAAGGACUUAUAUGGUGUCAGAGGAAAAGGCUGACAGUGCUAAGGUUGUGGUUCGGGCAAAAGAUUUGUGGAAACCAUAUUGUCAGACUUGUGCUGAGACGAGAGAAGGAAUGUGGCUGUGAAAUGUGUGCGAGAUGUGUGACUCACUGACUGACUGACUAUUUAUGCAAAGGGAGGUAACCCCUGGUGAGGAGAGGAGAAGACGUUACUAGGAUGUGUACAUAGAAAGCCAGGUGUGAUGUGAUGUUUUCUAAUUGAUUUACGAGAUUUUUUAAAAGUCCCAGACUGAACAGCAAUUUAAUAUCCUAUAUAAUUAUAUUUAGGUGUCUCUUGUUUUAAAUGAUCAUGAAACCUAUCUAUGACAUACGUGUUUAAAUAAUUGUCAACUGAAAUUUGGAGUAAAAGUAUGAAAAAGAAAACAAAGCAUUGUGAAGUGUAAAAGUAGGUGAGACAUUUCUCAAAGGUUGUCUUUUUUUUUUUUUUUCAUAAUACAAUGUCAUGCUUCUACAAAAAAAUAAAUAAUUGUGUUUUAGUAUUUUAAACAGAAGGAAUUUACUGUUAUGUUAUUUGGUUUGGAAAGUACACAAUUUUUAGAGUGUAGUACAUGUAUGUAUGGAAUCUUUGGCUGCAGAAAACCCUUGUUUAUUGUUCUCAUCCAGGUCUUGGAUUUAUACAGAUGUUAACAACUUUUAUGCUGCCACAGGUUAUACGUCUUGGUCAGUAGCUGGUCUCUCUGGCUGUAUUACAAUCAUUUUAUGUCUUGUCUCUGAGCACAUCUCUUUCAUUAACAGAUUGUUUGGUCCUUUUUCUGGAAUUUCUGUGAAAUUCCAGUCGAUGGUAAAUUGGACUGUUUUAUCAUACUCGUAAGUUUGCCAGCAAGGUUAUAUGUCAGACAGUCUAAAUGUGAAUGUACGAUAAAAUAUUUUUGACUCUGCUGUAACUUGUAACUACUUAUAAUCCAAACUUUCCAAGAAAAAAAAAACAGUUGAUUAUGUUUUAUGAGAAACAUUUUGACCCUUUCAGUAUAUUGGAUUUUUUUCUAUUGCAAUCCUUGGAGGAAUCUCUUUUGUGAACAUUUAAGAGUUAAAGGAAAAAUUUUCUUGGAUAUUGUACAUGUAUGCAUCAGUACCUUCAGGGUUAGCUCAAUAUUUUCAAUGAAAAAAACAUCAAAAUUAGUUCUGGAGUGAUUUUGUAAUGCAAAGUUGUUAAGGAGAAGUCUGGCCUUGUUUUGUUAGUUUUCAUAUCCAUGAAAACUGGUAACCCUUGAACAUGUAGGCUAAAAUCAUUCAUACUGUUAAAUCAGUGUUUUGUGCACAUUAAGUGGGCAGAAAGUCUUGACAUUUACAUAUGUCCCGCAUAUAAACAGUAUUUUCCAUGUUAUGAUUGAAUCUCUGGAGCUGUAGUGCUCAACUGCUACAUGACAGCAUUUUUGUUUAACUGUGGAGAAAGCACAGAAAUGGAGACUUGAUGGGCCUAUACUAUGCUCCCUCCCGUUUGAGUGUGUCAUGGCUUGCAUCAAGGUGGUAGUGCUUGUAGUCUAAGUAAAAGAUGUGACACAGAACAUGCAGGAUACUACAGAUAAUAAGAUAGAAUUCAAUGCCCAUGGGACUUGUUUUGAGCAGGGAAGAGAGUCUCAUUGAAUACCUCGAUUAGUGAAACAUUUAUUAAAAAACAUAUGGUUUUAGCAUUUCUUUCUCAUGGUUUUGUACUCAGAUAUUUUUGUAUGCACCUGCCAAGAUAAUAUCGUUUAUUCUUAAUACUGCUCAUGACCUGUGUUGAGAUUUGUAUAUGUUUCAAUUGGUUCAGAGUUCCUCAAGAAUAUGAUAUAUUAUGUAAAUGCUGUGUAUUGCCUAUUUCCACAAAGAAUAUAAGCUCAUUGGCAUUUAAUCAUAUAUAUUGUACUUUCCUAGCAGGAACCUAGGUAUUCUUAAAAUGGGACUGUUGUAGAAAACCUCAAUAUUCUUGGAUCAUUGAUGGGUUUUGUUUUUCGAGUUAUUCCUGAAGAAAAUGUAACAGGUUGCUUUUUUUGCAAUGAAAACUUUGUGGUGUUUCGGACUGGAAGAAAAGAUACAGAAUCUUUGCACAAUUUCGUUUGAACGUGUGAAGGUGUCAAUUCAGACAGUUUAUUGACCGCUAUGUCAGAACAUUGUUACAUCAUAUGGAAUACUAAUGAUGGUAGUAACAAGGGUAGUAAUUCAUUGUUAUAGUGCAUUUAUGAAUUACGACAUAUUUUGACACUUGAUGUAUGGCAGUUAUAUUGUUAUAGUACUUGUAUACAUGUAAGAUGACAUGCAACUCCAGUAUAUAGCACUUGUAACAUUAAUGACAUU